ACAUCCACCAACGGACGGAGUCCUUCUUCUGCCCAAAUUCCAAGGAUGCAUGUCAGACUGUGAGUUUCCUGUGCGGCUGGUUGUACUAAAGAUGGCCGGAGAUGGAGGCGCUCUGAAGGAUAUCAAUGAGAUUAAAUCUCAGUUCCGGACCCGGGAGGGCUUCUACAAGCUGCUCACCCUCUCAGACUCCCAGCAGCGGGGCGGCCUGCCGCGGGGCCCGUCCUCCGGAGCCACGCUGGGCCCCGGGGCCGGAGCCGGGCCGAUCCCCGGCGGAGGGGUCGGGCUGCUGCAGGGGCCCGGGUCCGCCGCCGCCUCCUCCUCCACCGCCGCGGCCAACGCGUCCCCGGCCGGCUUCCUGCCGCCGGUCCGGGUCAGCAUGGUGAAGUUGCAGCCCGAGGACCCGGGAGAGGAGUCCGAGAGGGUCUGCUUCAACAUCGGCAGGGAGCUCUACUUCUACACCUACACCAACAUCAAGAAGGCCGUGGACCUCAGUAAGCCGAUCGAUAAGAGGAUCUAUAAAGGAACUCAGCCGACCUGUCACGACUUCAACCAGUUCUCCGCCACGGCCGAGAGCGUGGCGCUCAUCGUUGGCUUCUCUGCCGGACAGGUGCAGUACCUGGAUCCCAUCAAGAAGGAGACCAGCAAGCUCUUCAACGAGGAGAGGCUGAUAGACAAGUCGAAGGUGACGUGUCUGAAGUGGCUUCCUAAGUCUGAGAACUUGUUCCUGGCGUCCCACGCCAGCGGCCACCUCUACCUCUACAACGUGGAGCACCCGUGCGGCACGGCGGCGCCGCAGUACUCUCUGCUGCGGCAGGGCGAGGGCUUCACCGUGUUCGCCUGCAAGACCAAGACACCCCGUAACCCACUGCUGCGCUGGGCCGUAGGCGACGGUGGCCUCAACGAGUUCGCCUUCUCCCCGGACGGCGUGCACGUGGCGUGCGUGGGCCAGGACGGCUGCCUGCGCGUCUUCCACUUCGACUCCAUGGAGCUGCAGGGCGUCAUGAAGAGCUACUUCGGGGGGCUGCUCUGCGUUUCCUGGAGCCCCGACGGGAAGUACCUGGCCACGGGCGGCGAGGACGACCUGGUCACCGUGUGGUCGUUCGCCGAGAGCCGCGUGGUGGCGAGAGGUCACGGCCACAAGUCCUGGGUCAACGUUGUGGCGUUCGACCCGUUCACCACCUCACUUGAGGAUGAGGAGCCCAUGGAGCUGAGCGGCAGCGAGGAGGACCUCCACCAAGGGGCGCCCAACAACUCCAUGCACUUUGGCCGCGUGCGGACCAGCAGCACGCUGUCCCGCCUUUCUCGCCACAGCUCCAAGGGCGGCGGCUCAGCGGCGGUCACGUACCGGUUCGGCUCGGUGGGCCAGGACACGCAGUUCUGCCUGUGGGACCUGACGGACGACGUGCUGUACCCGCGCCUGCCGCUGUCCCGCGCCUUCACGAACACUUUCGGCCCGUCGCUGUCCAACUCCGGCAGCGGCGUGGUCAACAGCACGUCGGGUGGAGGCGGCGGUGGAGGCGGCGGAGGAGGAGGCGGCGGCGGCGGCGUGGUGGAGGGGCACCAUCACCCACCUAACACCAACACUGGCACCGCCAACCCGCCCACUCUGCCCCUUCCGCUGCCUCGCUCCCUGUCCCGCUCCAACUCGCUGCCCCACCCCGCCGUGGCCAACGCCUCCAAGGGCCCGGGCGCCUCGGAAGGCGGCGGGGGCGGUGGCGGAGUAGGGGGGGGCACCGGGGGAGGGAACAGCACGCCGUUCAGCAUCGGCCGCUUCGCCACACUGUCGCUGCAGGAGCGCAAGUCGGACAAGUCGGGCUGCGGAGGCGGCGGGGUGGAGAAGGAGCACAAGCGAUACCACAGCCUGGGCAACAUAAGCAAGAGCAACGACAAGAUCAACGUGGCGCCGCGCAGCAACCGCCUGGAUGCCGCCAAGGUGCUGGGCACCACGCUCUGCCCGCGCAUGCACGAGGUGCCGCUGCUGGAGCCGCUCGUCUGCAAGAAGAUCGCCCACGAGCGUCUCACCGUCCUCGUCUUCAUGGACGACUGCAUCAUCACGGCGUGCCAGGAGGGACUCAUCUGCACCUGGGCGCGGCCCGGCAAGGCCAACCUGGCGGCUCAGAAUGGGAACUCUCCCAGCGGCACCGUGGUAUAACCAGAGGACAACCCCCGCCCCCUCAGACUCCUGCCGAUCAGUAUUACACCGUCAGUAUGACCCUGGACCCCCUGGACCCCCUGGACCUGGUCCUGUCUCAGCGCUGUGGUGGGAAACUCUUCCUGAGCUCUCAGUCUGAGAGACGACGUGUCUUUAUCCAUCACACUUCUUUUAAAGAUGAUUUAUUUGGCGUCUCCGUGCUCUGUUAGACUGUCGGGACUCAAACUUGCGACUCAGCCAGUGAUCUACCAGGACGCCCGUCUUUAUUCUUCUGUAGACAGUUAAACAGUUCACAUUUCACAUAACAGACUCCAGAGUCCUGCAACUGAUCUCAGAUCCUCCCCAGGUUGCGUCUGCAGUGAGUGGCGCCCUCUGGUGGCUGUAGUGGUUAUUGUGCAUCAUGUGCAGCAGGAUUCUGGAUUAUGUGAUCUGAAUCUGAACCUGUCAUCAUGUUGUGUCUUUAUGAUCCGAAACGUUUCAUUUAAUUUUUGGACGUUAAAGACACAGACAGCUUCAGAAGUUUCAGUUCUUCCUGCUGAACUUCAAUCAGAUCUGAUAUUUCUACAUCAAGUACAAAGAUGAAGUUUUAUUCCCAAGCAAUUGAAAAAAAUAAGACGGUGUCCUCCAUCUGUCACUUCAAGACUGUUUACAUUUAAAUGGUAGAAGUGCGUUCUCGUGGCGUCCACAGCAGGACGGGAGAGUUUCCCGCCGCACGCUUCACCUCACCACCACCGCCCAAUGCUCAGACGCUCUGCAGCAGCAUGGAGCGCCCCAUCCCCCCGUCCCUCCGUCCCCUCAUGCAGAAGCCACAGCCGUAUGUAUUUAAGUUAUUUAUUUUGUCACCAGACUGAGUUGUAAUUUAUGAUGUAAAUACUGAAAAUACUCUAUAAAUAGAAAAAGGACAAACGCAUCAGGAGAUAAUGACUCGAUGAAGGAGAAGAAGAAGAGGAGGGGAGGAGGAGAGAUGAAGAAUAUUAAUAUAUGAAGAUCUAUUGUACACAGUAACACAGUUAAACAUGAAUGUUGCUGUUUUAAGGACUUUAACACGUCCACGUGUUUUUAUUUGGUGUGAGCGAGCUGCACACACACACACACACACACACAUAUACACACACACAUACAUACACACUCAUGGUGUAGCAUCAUUUAUAAACUGUAUGUUCAUUCCUGUUGCACCUGAAUUGCCUCUUGCAAGAGUUUGCACAUAUAAUAAAUCCACGGCUCUGCUCAGCUUCUGUGUCAACAUCCACAUUUUUUUCUGUUCAAUUAAUCUUUAAAACAUGCAGCAGCAGAAAGCUUCUGUCAGAGGUUAGAGGUUAAAGGGCGCUGCAGCUGUUUCUGAGGAUCCGUCUCUUUCUCAUUCAGUCUGGAUCUGAUCUGAGCCCAAAGACUCAUCAUGCAGCAGCAGCAUGGUGCUGAAACAUGAUGGAGCAGCAGCAUGAGGCAGCAGUAUGAUGCAGCAACAUGAUGCAGUAGCUGCAUGAUGCAGCAACAUGAUGCUGGAACAUGAUGGAGCAGCAGCAUGAGGCAGCAGUAUGAUGCAGCAGCAGCAUGAUGCAGCAGUAUGAUGCAGCAGCAUGAGGCAGCAGUAUGAUGCAGCAACAUGAUGCAGCAGCAGCAUGAUGUAGCAACAUGAUGGAGCAGCAGCAUGAGGCAGCAGUAUGAUGCAGCAACAUGAUGCAGCAGUAUGAUGCAGCAACAUGAUGCAGCAGUAUGAUGCAGCAACAUGAUGCAGCAGCAGCAUGAUGUAGCAACAUGAUGCAGCAGCAUGAUGCAGCAGCAUGAUGCAGCAGCAGCAUCAUGAUGCAGCAGUUUUUUAAUAACCAUCAUUAAUAAAUAGUAACAUUGACAGUAUUAAUUUGAAAAAAAUAAUAAUUCACUUUCAUUUAUUGAUUGUUACCAUAAAGAGAGAAGAUGAGACUGAAAUAUAUCAAAUCAUUACUGAUUAAAUCUGCUGAAGUGAUCAAAGGUG